GCUCCUCUAUUAGAAUGGAUUCAUCGCCAAGAAAAAAACAAAACUGCUGCUAUCUAUUUGCGCUUAGUCCCUGUUAAGAUUUUUUUUUUUUUUUUUUACAGGCAUGUAAGGAAGCGAUUUUCAUAUCGGUGCUCGUCAGUAGACUGAUCUGUUUCGGAUGAGAUGCUGCUGAAAUGCGUUUUUUUCCCCCUAAAGCCGCGGUGCGCUCAAUAAGAUGGACUGUAUCAAAUGAUGAUGACGAUGAUGAUGGACGCGCGAUCGAUUACAGCUCUCUACCAAGGUGGCAGCAAUGGCGGAGGCAGCAGAUAUCACCAUGUACCUUUUCCGUGUGAAGGAGUAACGCUGAAAUUGAUGACUGUGGAAUCCUUAUAAAUUGUCAAGUAUACAAUGAACACCACGGUUACACCAUCGGACCUGGUGGAUGUGCCAAGACAUCAGACCUUCAAUGUCACCCUGGGCCCACAGACCCCCUCAGGUUGGGCCGUGAUCCACACCGCUACCUUGACCUUUUGCUCCCUCCUCCUCAUCUUCAUCUUCUUCCUGGGCUCUUACGGCAAUCUGGUGGUGUUCCUGUCUUUCUUCGACCCGGCGUUUCGCAAGUUCCGCACCAACUUCGACUUCAUGAUCCUCAACCUGUCCUUCUGCGACUUGUUCAUUUGCUGUGUGACUGCUCCGAUGUUCGCGCUGGUUCUCUUCCUGGACGCAGGCGGCCGGGACGGCGUGUCGAAGAGUUUUUGCUUCGCCUUCCACUUGACCAGCUCGGGCUUCAUCAUCAUGUCCCUGGAAACGGUGGCUGUCAUCGCUUUGCACAGGCUUCGCAUGGUUCUGGGGCAGCAGCCGAACCGCACCGCCUCCUUCCCCUGCACGCUGGCCCUCACCGCCUUGCUGUGGACGUCCAGCUUCACCAUGGCUGCCCUCCUUACCAUGCGGGCAUACCCACGCAGAGAUGGACCCUGUUUGCCCCACUUUGGCCUGGGUGGUGGGCAGGCCAGGGUGGUGUUGUAUGUCUACCUGGCAGACUUUGCCUUCUGUGUAGCUGUGGUGUCCGUGUCCUAUCUCAUGAUUGCUCAGACACUGAGGAAGAAUGCACAAGUGAGGAAAUGUCCCAUCAUCAGUGUAGAUGCCACAUGCCCUCCACCCCCACCUCCUCUCAUUGCAGCCGGCUUUGAGAGCAUGCAGUGUGCCGUUCAAGGCCCCUCUCUGUACCGCAACCAGACUUACAACAAGCUGCAGAAUGUACAGACACACUCCUAUGCUAACAGAACCAGUCAGCCUUUAGUUCCAGGGGCUGCCCAAGGAGCCACCUGCUGUCAGCUGGUCUCCACGGUCAACUUAGCCACAGCCAAAGACUCCAAGGCAGUUGUCACCUGUGUGGUCAUAGUAUUCUCCGUGCUGCUUUGCUGCUUGCCAAUGGGAGUUUCGCUGUCGCAGGACGUUUUGUCACCGGAAAGUAGCUUCGCACAUUACCAGUUUGAACUGUGCGGCUUCGUGCUCAUUUUUCUCAAAUCGGGCAUCAAUCCCUUUGUGUACUCACGCAACAGCGCGGGCCUCCGCCGCCGUGUGCUGUGCUGCAUUCAGUGGGCUGCUCUGGGCUUUCUCUGCUGCAAACAAAAGACUCGCCUGCAUGCGAUGGGGAAGGGAAGCCUGGAAGUCAAUCGCAAUAAAUCUUCCCACCAUGAGACCAACUCGGCUUACGUGCUGUCACCCAAGCCGCAGAGGAGGCUGGUGGACCAGGCUUGUGGGCCCAGUCACUCCAGGGAUUGUGCCGGCAGUCCGAGAGUCACGGGUGCGCGCAAACCUCGCCUCCCAAGUACCUCCACACCCAUCAACACCCGCAUUGAGCCCUACUACAGUAUAUACAACAGCAGCCCCUCUGCAGGACCCAGCUCCCCCACCAGCCUGCAGCCCGUCAGCUCCCAGACAUUUGCCUUUGCCAAGUCUUACGUAGCCAUGCAUUACCACACUCACCAAGACACGCUGCAAGACUUUGAAAGCACCUCGGUGCACCAGAUUCCCAUUCCCUCGGUCUGAUCACACAACAAAAAAGAUUUGGACGAUGUCGCCGUGGCUUUAAAUCAAACGUGAAUCAAAAGAGGACCGUUCAAACCGCCCAUGUUAUGUGUUUGAAAUCAGUAUUAGCAUUUUGUUCUCUUCUCCAGCUGAAGGACAUGUUGAGUUUUCCUGAGUGGACAGAAUAAAGAAUUAUUAGCUUUGCCAUGGACACUAAACACGAGCAAGAGAUUUGUGAUGAAAAAUGUCUGUUCCGGUAAGUCAUGUACUGUUAGUGAAUUACUAUUAUUUUUUGCUCGUAGAGAUACACAAAUUUCACAUGAAUCUGCCCCUAUGUUGUGCACGCAUGUGCCAUAAUAACCCAAGUCUAGUUUUAUCACUGAAGCCGAAGGCAGCAGUUGCUGGCCUCUCUGCUGCUUCUCACUGGUUGCUCAGCACUGAUGCCAGCAGCUGAGGCUGCAGGCUGCUGUGAAACACUGCACAAGACCACACAUGGCUGCGAAUGGCAUGUUGGUUGCACCUCGAUGGACUUUUGCUUCUUAAGAAAAAUGUAUUUGUGAGCCUCAUACACUUUUUAACACAAUAAAUGUUUGGCAAGUGCAGGA